UAAGAACCUCCCCCAAAAGCUAUGAUGAAUGAUGAAUAUAAAAAUCAAUUUGAAACGUGGGAAUUGACUAAGAGUUUCCAUGGCUUUUCUAUUUUUUUUAAAAAAAAAAUCGGCAAAAACAAAAGGACACAUUAAAUUUCCGGUGCGUCUCAACAAUCAAUCACACACACAAACUCAGACAAAUUAUCAAAGACCAAAGAAAGAAAACACAUGGGUGAUCCAUCGUCCCUUUCCAGCGAGAGCCAAAAACGGCGGAUGACAUAUUUGCUUCACAAAUAUUCUGCACCCAAUCCGGCAGGGACCUGCGUGUUUCGGGUCCCCAAAACGGUGAAGGAGACAAAACCCGAGGCUUAUAUUCCUCAACUCAUCGGGCUCGGGCCGUACCAUCAUUUCCGACCGGAAGUUCAACUCAGGUCAGCUCAAAAGCGUGAUGCCAUCGAAGCGUAUUUAACAACAUUUUACAUAUUCCCCGACAGUCAGAGCAAGUCUUGCAUAACCGGGAGUAGUUCCGACAACCCGUUGGAACCCGUGAUCCGUUCGUCUUACGAUCGGUUUAUCGACCUGGAUGCGGAGACCCUGUCCUGGAUCACGAUGUUGGACGCCGUGGUUUUGAUGCAAUUCAUUGAUAAUUACCUGCAUCCAGAGAAGUACCUGAGCUUAAAGCAAAAAAAGUACCAGGGAGUGUACCCUGACAUUAAGAAAUUGGUUCCGGAUCUGUUCAUGCUGGAGAACCAAAUCCCGAUUGUCCUUAUCAUCCAGGCAUACGAGUCUCUGCACUCUAGAUAUCAUCUUCCCUGGCCUUCUAAAACGGUCGACCAUUUUUCCGAAUUCUGUCGGCAGCAUUCCCCGCUUGAAGUCUGCGACGACGACAAAGGUUGGGUAAAAGAAGCAUUUGACAAGAAAACAGGCCACCUGCUCCACUGUAUGUACCAAAUGAUUAUGAAACAUCAUGUUCCAACUGAUGAUCUUCAUAAACUCCUGUCGGGUACUAGUCCGACAUCUGGUGGCGAACAGAGGAGUUUGCUAAACAGAGUAAUUGGACGUAUAAAGGGAUUUGCUCCGCUGGUUGCAGAUAAAGCGAGGGAGCUAUUUCAUGAUGUGGUGGAGGAAUUCAAUGACGCGGCGAACAAAGCCAAAGAUACCGGAAUCAGGAUUCCUGCAAACAUACAGAAGGUUUCUCAGAUAAUCGGGAAGCUGGAUAAAGCUGUCCAAGCUCAUGAUCAGAACGACGACCACCACUCCAAUUCAUCAGGUGAUAAGCUUGAAAUCCCUUGUGUUUCUCGGCUAUCCGCGAUUCUGGACGUUGAAUUCAAGCUACUUCCCGAUGAGUGUGGCAUCCUGAAUAUCGAGCUGAAGGAAGACGGAAAAGGCUACUUAUUCUACUUGCCACGGAUCAAGUUUGGACCCAAUUCAGAUGUAAUCCUCAGGAAUUUGGUUGCCUAUGAAUCCUUUGUAUCAAAGGAGGAAAAGGGUUCAACCCGGCUCAGGGAUUUUGUUGAUUUAAUGAGCGGCCUUAUAAGGUCAGAAAAAGAUGUGAAGUUGUUGAAGGACGCAAAAAUCAUACAAGCGGACAAGAACAUUCCUGAUUCAGAAAUAGUUGGAACCUUCAGAGGGUUUAUGGACGUUGAGAAAAAGCCUGAUGCUGAAUCUAAGGUUUAUGAAGUUGUCCAGAAGGCAACUAAGAACUACAGCAAUUUGAUGGUGGUCAAGUACGGAAGAAGUUUCAUGAACCAUGUUGCAGCUAUACUGAAACUAUUCAAAGCAAUGAUUCCCCUCUUCAUCUUUCUGUUCCUAGCUUUUCAAUCAUUUUGUGACGUAUAUGACUGCCGCCGAGCCAGGCCAAAUCAUGGAUCUUCAUCAGUGCUCUUAUUACGAAAUUACUCGGAUCAGUCAUUGUUGGAACUGAAUAAUCCUCAUGAUCAGGCUAAAUUUAUUCUGCUGCCCAGGAAAUUGCUUCUUCCUCAGUAAUAUACAACGACACGAUGAAUGAUGGAAUAGGAAAAGAGUGUUUUGAUGUUUUUAUGUCUGUUGAGAAUGUUGACAGAUGGUCAAUCUGGUCUUCAUUGAUGUAUCCUCUUUUUCUUACUUCAAUUUCAGAAACAAUGCGGCCUCAAAUGCGGUCUUCAAUGAUUUGUCCUUCAGUUUUUUUU